GUUUUAUUAUUUUGGAAGAAUCUGGCAUUGCUAAAGGCAUUCGUAGAAUAGUUGCUGUGACUGGAGAAGAAGCUCAGCAGGCAAUUAAGGUUGCUGAUGAAUUCCGAAUUAAAAUUGAUAAUAUCUCAAAAUUACAAGGAGCUGAAUUGGAUUCUGUACUUAAACUAGUAUCAAAAGAACUUGAUGCUUCAAAUAUAUCUUCACUAAAAAAAUCAGAAUAUCACAUAAUAAAUAAUCAUUUUGAAAAAAAUCCUGACAGUCUAUAUAUAAUUAAAUUACUAGAUGUUGGAUCUAACACAAAGGCUAUUGCUGGUGGUAUUUCACACUGUAAGGCAAACCUGAAAGACAAAGCUGCUUACUUAUUUUCAAUUGAUGAAACUUCAAGCCGUGUAGCUCAUAGUUGUAUUGUGGGCAAGUCUUUAAUUGAUAAAGGAUUAAAAGCAGUUGAUUGGGCUAAAAUCGUGUCUGAAAGCGUUGGUGGAAAGUCUGGAGGUAAAGAUGAUGCUGCCCAGGGUAGUGGAACAAAUGUUGGUGAAAUUGAUAAUGCACUAAAAGUUGCGGAACAAUUUGCUAAACUUCAAUU